AUGUAUGUCAGCAACUUCAUCACCGCUUUCUCCGCCCUCAUCGCCGGCGCCUCCGCCGCGACCCUUCCCAUCCGGUGGGCCGGCGUCUCGAAUACCGCUGCGAUCGCCGAGCGUCGACAGACCGACGGCAGCGCCACUUAUCCGGCAGCACCAGGAAACGUCUCCUGGAACGCACAAAACUACAUCUGGGGCUGCUCACCAGGUGGCUGCAGUGCCCGCUUCAAUGUGAGCGCCCCCGCGGGCUACAGCCCCGGGGCGCCCAGCUUCAACGUCGUCUGUAGCCCCAUCUACAUCCAGCAGGGUUGGGUCCCUUGCCUGAACCCAGACAAUAGUCCCCUCGGCGAGGAUUCACAGGUUUUUACGAUCUGGACGGCCGGGGCGGACCGCGAGCGCAUGUAUCUUGGUGUCGAACACAUUUACAAGCGCCAGGAAGACGGGUUUACCUGGAACGCCACUGCUGGGACCGACAUCCUUCCUGUGCAGAACAUGAGCAUCACGUUCCCUGUCAACACCGUCGUGGUUCUUGAGUCCUAA